GAUCCAAGCAAACAUAACCUAAAACUGUCAAAAAAUAUUUAAAAAUUACAUAUUAUUAUUGAACAGACCUGAAAUAGUGCGUCAAUCAAUCCAAGGAAGAAGAAGUCUGAUAUUGCCCAAGAAACUUUGCACUUCUAAAUAUUAUUUAAUAAAAAAUGCUAGAAGUUAUUGUUCUGUUCGAUGGAUAUUCUGAGGAGUUGCCCAACGGAAGGAUGGAUGCAAAUUGCACUUGUACACUAAUAAAAAGCACCAAAUUAAUUAUCGUUGAUACCAUGACAGCUUGGGAUCGCGAGAAAAUUAUAGCAGCUCUUGCAAAGCACGACAUCACCCCACAGAAUAUUGAUUAUGUUGUAUGCACUCACAGCCACCCAGAUCAUAUAGGGAACAACAAUUUAUUCACAAAUGCAACACACAUUGUGGGCUUGCUUGUUCAACAGGGCACUAUGUUCUAUGAGGAUCCUCGAAUUCCGCGUGGCUACGAGCUCUGUCCAGGAGUUAAUGUUAUAGCUACUCCGGGACAUACAGCUGAGGAUGUCAGUGUUGUGGUGAAUACAAUGAAGAAUGGUAAAAAGACAGUUAUUGCUAUUACAGGAGACUUGUUUGAGAACAUGAAUGAUAUUUUCGUUCCGUCGAUCUGGAAAUCACUAGGCACGCCGGAACUUGUAAAAACCCAAUCUCUUAUGCGUUCUCGCAUAAUAACUCUCGCAGAUUCUAUAAUACCCGGACACGGUCCGAUGUUCAAUGUUACGAGCACUAUGAGGGAGCUCGUCACGGACCAGAUAUUAAAAUGAGAUUACAUAAAUCAUAAUUGAUAUCUUGUAAAUAUUUGGGUACGUCAUAAUUUGUAUGUACAGAGUGUCCCAUAGGAAAUUGCUGAAACUAAUCAGCUGUCAUUUUUUAAUGCAU